AUGGCUUCACAAGAAGAGCCAAUACAACCCACGUACCGAGGUUACGGCACAAUCGCUCCCCAGAGACCUGCGCAACGCCAAAGACGUCACUCAUGGCAUACACGACCCUGCAUGCAGGAAGCAGAGAACUUCCAGUUGUUGCUUCGAAACUUCUUGGUCGAACUCAAUUGCCGGAUGGACUUCCUGGAAGACUAUGGCCACGUCAAGUACGACGCCGGUGUCGAAUACGCAUACAACACCUUGCUUGCCGUUCGCGAAUCCUGCUCGAAGAUAUCCGAUGGCGCAAUCGAGGCCGGACGACGACAGGCUUCCGUAUUCGUCGAGACAUUGGAGGGCCGUUACAAAGAUGCGAUGGAAAGGAAAGAGACCCUAGGAGAGAAGGUCUUGGAAGGAAUAGUGCUUAUGGACAACUAUCUGACCGAGUUUGAGACGCGCGCAUACGCCAUAAGAGACGGAUCGAUCGGUUCCUAUGCACAGGAAUUCUAUGAGGAAGGUCGGAGAAAGAUGGACGAGGGAAUCGAGAUCGCAAAGGGUGUUGUGGACGGUGGUCUAGACAAGGCACGACGCGCGCGUGAAACGAUUGAACUCCGAGUUGAGCACGCCGUCCAACGGGCCUUAGAGCGAGCCAAAGCACACGGCCUGAUACACUACGAGGAUCUACCAGAGCCAUGGCGAGUCAACCCACAUAUCCUCAAGGGCUACCGUUUUCAAGAAGGAAAGUGGGCUUGCGUUCGAUCCAUUUUCGGCCUCCACAACGAGCUAAUCAAUAUCUGGACACAUCUCCUCGGAUUCAUCAUGGUUCUUGCCAUUGCCUUCUACUUCUACCCUUCGAGUGCCAACUUCAGCAUGUCGACCAAGGCCGACAUCUUCAUUGCGGCAGUUUUCUUCUUUGCGGCAUGCAAAUGCCUGGCUUGUUCGACCAUUUGGCACACGAUGAACAGCAUAUCACACCAAACAUUGCUUGAACGCUUCGCCUGUGUAGAUUACACUGGUAUCUCUUUACUCGUCGCCGCAUCUAUCAUGACGACUGAAUACGCCGCAUUCUACUGCGAACCCGUCUCCCGCUGGUCAUACAUGUGCAUAACAGCACUUCUCGGCGUUGGCGGUGUUAUUCUACCCUGGCAUCCGACCUUCAAUCGAGCGGACAUGGCCUGGCUCCGCGUUCUCUUCUACUGCUCCCUUGCCCUGACUGGCUUCCUGCCCUUUGGCCAGCUCGCGUAUACCCGUGGCGUCGCAUGGGCACAGUACUUCUACGCGCCCGUCACUAAGAGUUUGCUCGUGUACGUUACCGGUGCAUUGUUGUAUGCGAGCAAGACGCCCGAACGCUUCUUUCCUGGCUUCUUCGAUUACGUAGGCUGCUCCCACAACAUCUGGCAUGUUGCUGUGCUGGGAGGUAUCAUCUUCCACUACAUGGCCAUGCAGACUAUGUUCACGCAGGCUCUUACUCGGGCCCAGACAAGCUGUUCCGUGUACUGA